AUGCCAGAGUAUUCCGACAUUGUGCAGGAGCUGCGGGACGAGCUGCUCUGGGAGGAAGAUGACCUUGAGCAGGCCGUCCAAAACGCUCAUAAAUGGGAUAUCCCCGAGCUGGACAAGUACGGCAUCAUCUCAGCCAGAGGCUUUCUUGACUUUGCCGACUGGUUGGUCCGAGGCUGGGUCCCUACUGAGUCAACCAAAGGCCGAGACAUUUACUACAUCCUUUGUGUCUUCUAUUUCGUCCUGUCCCAGGAACCACUGGGUUCUCGUCUCACCAAAAUCCAACCACUCAGCUUGAACAAACCCCUGAAGCCCCUCUCCGACUGGGUGGUCCGAUACGCCAAGGAGAUCGGUAGCAGUAUGGACAAGAAUUCAUCGAUCAACGAGGCUUCCAUCACGACAUUUAGAAACUCUCCGCUCUUCCGCGUCUUCGAGUCUGAGGGAGACGCCAAGAACUGGACAACAUUCAACAAGUUCUUCUACCGAAAGCUGGACAGCUCUCGUAAUAUCGCCGGCCCUGAUGAUGAUCAUGUCGUGACUUUCCCUGCUGAUUCGACUUUCGCAGGCGCCUAUGCUAUCAGCGAGGAUUCUGAGGUGGUUCUGGAGAAGAAGGAGUGGAGAAUUGUGAAAGAGCAGGUGGUUCUGAAGCAUGUUCCAUGGAAGGUGAAGGACCUUCUCGGUAAAUACGGCGACGAGCCGCUGCCCGAUGACAGCACCCAAACAUACGGAGAUGUCUUCAAAGACGGAAUCUGGACUCAUGUUUUCUUGAAUUCCUUCGACUAUCACCGGCAGCAUGCGCCUGUGUCGGGGACUGUGGAGAUCAUCGAUGUCAUAGAAGGCGCCGCCUACCUCGAUGUCCUGGUCCAGACAGACGAGCAGGUCGGUCACAACUAUCUGGAGCUCUGCCGCCAGAUCGCCGGAAAGAAAAGGAACCCUUCAGGCGUCCAUACCCUUCAGGCCCCAGACACUCCAGGUUAUCAGUUCCUCCAGGCACGUGGGGUGGUGGUGAUCAACAAUGAGCACUUGGGCCGGGUUGCCGUGCUUCCCAUUGGUAUGGCCAUGGUUUCCUCUGUUAACGUGAGGAAGGAGCUUCAAGGCCAAAAGAUCAAAAAGGGUGAGGAGAUUUCACACUUUGCGUUCGGUGGUUCCGACUGUAUUAUAAUGUUUGAGCGCAAGGCAAGAGUUUCGGGUUUUCCCGAUUCUGACCCAGCUUCUCGAGAGCAUUUCUUCUACGGUGAAAAGCUGUGCAGGGCUUACUUCAAACCCCACAAGGAGCCUAAAAGCUUCGGAUCCCGUUUCGGUUUGCCUUCUAGAUAA